AUGGUCACACUUACAAUAUUAUUUUUCAUAUUAUUGAGCGCAGAAAUUUUUGGAUUGCAGUCUUAUUGUCUUAUUUGCGAUUUUAUUUCGCAACUUCGUUCAAUGCACUUCCGGAAUGGAUGCACGAGGCAGUUAUUGGUACUUGGAGCAUGUAAGCACCGGGAAAAAAUUGAUUCUGCACCCCGGGGACAAUUUAAUCGGCAGGCACUCGUGUUGCAAGAUUGUCCUAAAAGAAUAUGACUUCUUGUCCCGACAGCAUGCGAAAUUUAUUAUAAAUAGUGAAAACGUCGUCAGCGUGGAGCAGUUAAACGCACUAAAUGGCGUCUUUAUAAAUGAAACCAAACUCGAAGUCAAGAUCCGAUCGCUUAUAUCUGGCGAUAGAAUUGGUCUUGGGGUCCAAGUUGAGUCAUUGGAUGCUGUGGUUCCUCCGAACUAUGGCAUAUUUCAGUUGAAACAAAUGUGUCCAAAUGCUGCAGACAUUGUCAUCAUAUCAGACGAUGAAGAGAUUGAUGAGACACCGCCCAGACCAACGGGAAUUGUCAUUAAUAAUAAUGUGGAUGGGCCGGAAUUAGAAAAGCUUGAGGCCAGCAAUGUGAAGAAUGCAGCUGAUAAGAGCACAAAAAGUACAAAUGCAUAUCGCCCAAUACAUUUGCCUAAGUUGCCAGAAGUAAAGGAGGAGCUACUGUCUCAGGCAACGAAACAGAUAGAAAACAUAUUCGGCGAGCCCGAUGAGGAAUUGCUUGAAUCGGUUUUUCAAAUCAAUCCUUAUGUCUUCAAGCAGCUAAACAACAAUAACAUUGUCAUAUCUGGCGAAAAAUUACACGAUGGCGAUGAAUUAGAGCUGCUAGACGAGGUUAAGUUGCCGAAACUAGAAAAUAAUGUUGAAAAUCCAGACAUGCCACCUCCACAAUUGCCUGUUAAGUCAGACAAAAUUUCGGAGGACGAUCUGGUAAUUGUGGAUGACAACGAGGAUGACUAUGAUGAGAAUUUUGAACUGUCCCAAGCUAUGCUGCGUGAAAUGAAAGAUGAAAUGGCCGAUGCCCCACAAGAUCUUAGCGAUGAGGAGCAUUUUAGCCAACAGGAAAAAGAAGAUUUUGAGCCAGCAGCUACGUGGAUCAAAAAGGAAAUAGCUACAAAACUUGAUGACGAUGAAAUUAUACUUAUCGAGGAUGAGGACGAUGAACUCUACAGCAAAGUGGCUGACUGGUCAUCCAAACUACUUACCCAGAAUAUAAUGUCUCAGGUUUAUCCACUUGAUGAGGAAGAUGAAUUAAAUGACGCUAAUACUGUCGAGGAACAGGCUCUGCAGUUGUUUAAUGAUACAAAUUUGGAGAGUGAUACCGACAAUAAUAUCUCAGAUCUACCAAUUUUGAUGAAACGGAGAUCCCAUGCGCUUCGUAUUGAAAGCAGCGAAGAUGACUCUCCCGCCGAUAACAAUACACCACAAAAACCAAAGAUACGCAAAUGUAACGUGCGUCUAAAAACGAUGGACUUGUCUCAAUUGCAAAAUUCUUGCGAGAGCAGCCCUAAAACCAAACCUUUUUCUGAUCAAUCUGAAAAAAGGGUUGAUAAUAAUCUGCAGGAGUUGGAGGUAGUCUUGGUGCCAUUUGCUAGUAUUCCGGAGAACGAAAUGGAUGUAAAAACAGUAAAGAAAAAGUCCACACCACGCAAACGUAGCAAAACGGUUUCAACGCGCUCUAAGCUUAACGAGGUACCCGUUCCGGAGACCAGGACACCCAGUACGAAACGCAGCUCACGUCUACAAGACAGAUCUAAAUCUUGCUAUGUAGAAAGCCCAUUAAAAUCACCAAAGGGGAUGUUAGCCGCAGACCCAAUGAAAACUUCACCUGCAGAAGAGCCGAAGACACCUGUAAAGUAUCGUAGCCCACGUAUGUCAAAAAGAUCCAAAUCCUGCUAUGUCGAAGAUGUCAUGCUGUCGCCUUUAAAGCCCCAAAUACCUGUAACGGUAGGGAACAAGGAAGUUAAGAAUCUAUGUGUUAAAACGUCUCCACCAGAACCUUCAAAACCCGGAAAAGCUGAAAAAAAAAGUAGUCCACGGUUGGCAAGCAGAUCCAAAUCCUGUUUAAUGGAACGGCCCUUGGCCUUGCCCAAGUCACCAACUGCAGACAAACUUAAUGAAUUGCCAAUUCCAGUCGCUCAAAUACCCACAAAAAACUGCAGUCCCCGCUUGUUAAGUAGAUCCAAAUCCUGUUAUAUUGAAAGCCCCACGAGUUUGUCACGUAUACCAACGGUAGACCAAAGAGAAGAACUUCCUACUAAGAAAAUAGUGGCUGUAGCAGAAGUUGAAUCGUCAGUUAACGCACGUUUCUUAGACAGAUCCUAUUCGUCAGACCAGUCCAUAGACGCAACAAAGAAUUUGUCUUCAAGCAAUUUACAACCGCCAUUAAAUGUUGAUAGCUCAUCCGCAAAACACCUCGAAAGCAAUCGUGGACCGGUGGUUAUUGAGCCACCGCAUUUGCCCAAAAAUCGUGGCAAGCUGCGGGGCCUUUCAGCAACAAGCAAGGAAAAUGAGCUCAAAAAUAAAAUUCUAGAUAGACAACGCUCACUGGACUACCAGGCACAGAUGAAAAAAAAAUGGUUUCAAAAACCGAAGGACAAAAAGCGCGAGUGCCAAGAAAUCAAGGAAAAACGUCGUGAGGAGUUGAAAAAAUUAACUGAUAAACCCAAGCCAAAUGACACGGCGAAGCGCGCUGAUGCACAUAAACGAAAGAUAACGAACAUACCUACGCUGGGUAAUUGCAAUCGUGGUGAUUUUCUAAGCAAAGAAGUACAGCCACCAACAACAAAAAAGCCCAGACUUGAGAAUGCUCAGGCAAAGCCUAAAAAGCCAGCACCCCAGCGGCGGGCUACCAUAGAAUCUUUCUCACAGCAGCUGUGCGCCUUAGACUUAAUUAAGAAUCUACCUGACCAAACGAGCCGUCCGAAAGUACGCAAAGAUGCGGAACGGGCGCGCAAUCAAAGGACUUGCAAUCGCGUUUCAUUUGCCGAAAUGGAACGCGAAUUUGAUUUGCGCCACGAGCGCGAAAUGCGCGCGAAAAACAGUCGACGUGUUCGAUUUAGCGACAAUAUUCAAAUCAAAAUAAUCGAAAGGGUUGAAGGUGCUUAUCGAAAAGUAGGUAAUAUCAAGGAUACUAAGAAAAUAACGUUAAGUACGUACGCGGAGCGUCGCGCUUGGUCGCAGGCACAAGGUAAAUUGGAAAACUUCAGCGAUUUGAUAAUGGGAAACAUUCUGAGCUGGGCAAAUCAAUGGUUACAACUUCGCAGCGCGGAUGCAGUGACAGAGUCUGAGGUUUUAAUACCCAUUCCAAAUGAGUUCAAGAGCUAUAAACAGUACAAAGAAAUUUUCAUACCACUGAUGAAACUGGAAUUGCUGACCACCAUAGAACGCGACUACAAAAUUUCUCAUUUUACGUUUGAAGUCAACCUGAAAACCGUUUCAAAUUCAAACUGCCGUAACCGACCUCGCUAUGUGCUCAAUACUAGAUACAAUAGCAAGAUCGAUAAGAGAUUUGAUCUGUACACUAUAAGUAGUGGCACUAAGUUGAAAGAGACGUUUGCUUCACUAUCUCGCGUUCAACGCAUAGCUGGCGACAUAUACGAGCUAUGCUUCGAGAUUUUGCAAGAGGGCAUCGAUUUAGGUCUGCUCAACUCUUGCAAGACAUUAACUGUACGGCCCAUUGUCGAUAAUAUACGCGUGGAAAUGGGCGCUUUCAAUGCGAUUUAUUUGAUGGGUCGGUCGCCGCUCUUUCAACGAAUACUGCAUCCCAGCGAAAAUGUAUUUUCGUAUGACAACAAACUAAUACAGCAAGCUGAUUACAAAGGAUACAGGAGAAUGAAUGAUCAUCAAAUUGACAUUUGCCAACGCACUUGGAGUCGUUUGAUUGACGACUCGACGCCUGGUAUAACACUAAUACAGGGCCCACCGGGCACGGGCAAGUCAGUGGUUAUCUCGAAUCUAACUCUCCAGUGCAUGUAUGGUACCAGCAAUGUUAUGCUUGAUCGCAAGAUUCUCAUAUGUGCUCAUAGCAAUGCAGCCGUAGAUAAUAUCGCAGGGUAUUUGAAACGUGCUCGCUCGGCUAUGAGCCAUUCGCAAUUUGAGCUUGUGCGCUUUGGCUUCUUUGAGAAAAUUGAUCCAAAUGUGCGCGAUGUAUCGCUGGAUUGCUUUCUUAACAAGAAGCUCGCUGAAAAGCGCAAUCGUAUGUCGGCCGAAAACAUUGAGACGCUAAAGAGGCAGCAACAACUGCUGGAAAAGGAAAUUGAAGAAAUCAAAAAGCUUCCUGCUCAAAUCAAUUAUAUACAAAGUCAGCUGAAUUCCAAGGAAAAACAAUUGCGCUUGGUGAUGCAGCAACUAAACCCGCGACUAACUCCAAGGGAAGAGCACGAGUAUUCCAUGAUGAUUUUGCAACGAGCUAACAUUGUCUGCACUACACUCUCCAGCUGCGUUAAGCUAGCCAACUUUAUAGACUACUUCGAUAUAUGCAUAAUUGACGAAGCAACGCAGUGCACUGAACCGUGGACCCUGCUGCCAUUGCGUUUUGGUGUGAGGGGUCUUGUCCUAGUGGGUGAUACUCAGCAGUUACCUGCUACGGUACUGUCCCAAAAGGCAAUUGAAUUUGGUCUAGGUAAUUCCAUGUUCGAUCGCAUACAGCGGAACUUGAAACAGCAUCUGGAUAAGCUGGGAGGCAAUCAUCUUGUUCAUACUAAAGUAUUUAAGUUGAGCAAGCAAUAUCGUAUGCAUCCAGAGAUUUGCAAAUGGCCCAAUAGCUAUUUCUAUGAUAAUCAGCUGGUCAACGCCGAAUGCACCCACAAAUUGAUCUCACCCUUUAUACCAUACUGUGUCAUAAAUUUAAGCUAUACAAGGGACACCAACGAUGCAAGCAGUCGUAGCAUUAGUAACGAUGAGGAGGCACGAUUUGUGGCCAAGUUGCUCGUCGAGAUGGAUAAGCUGAUGCCUGUGAAACGCUUUACUUAUGGACUGAUUUCCCCUUAUAGCAGUCAUUGCUACACGCUUAGUCAGGUAAUACCCAGCCACAUGAAUAUUACACCGCACACAGUGGACGCAUAUCAAGGCCAGCAGCGGGAUGUUAUCAUCCUAUCGAAUGCACGGACACGCGGCGUUGGCUUCCUCACUAACUAUCAGCGUCUUAAUGUGGCAAUCACUAGACCGACUCGGUGUCUAGUUAUAUGUGGAAAUUUUGAUGAUCUGCAGGCUGUUAAUAUAUGGCGUCACUUGCUGGACGAUGCGCGCAAUCGUAAAGUUUACUUUGAUCUGGUGCGCGAAGAAGUUGAGGAUUUGCAGAAGUCCCUAAUUAGUAAGAUGCUAACAAAACCAAUUGAAAUUACGGAUGAUACAGCGUCGACGUCCAAGUGAUAACUGCAAUUGAUAUUUGCACCACCCAAGUGCCCUAGCAUAUUACGUACAAAUUUAAAACAAUAUGUAUAAAUUAACUUACAUAUAUAAUU